GCCGAGUGCUCAUAUAUGCUUUCCAGCUUCAGCGCUCACUAGCCUGCUUCACAUCCCAUAAUAGUUUGGUGCAGACUUCCAGUGCGCACUACUUUCACAUACUAUUUAGUAAGGUAGUAUAGUGCGUAGGACAACAAACCCUGCUCCUCUUUCCUGAAUCACGGGAUUUCCGUUUCCGUGUAGUAAAGCUGUUCUGCUUCUGACUGAGUUUCACCCUGUUUCUCGUUUUGUUUUCAAAAAGCAAAACCUCAAACUCAAUGAAAUUAAGUUUGCGUGAAAGAAAGUGAGCAGUGAUUUGAUCCAUGAUGAGCGGCACUGCUGUCGAAACUGCUACGAUACCGGAAGACAUCUCAGGCCAAAUGUUAGAGCUGGACGAGGACGAAGACUUGGAAGUUUUUAGUAAGGAUGCAACCUUCACAGAUGUAAGCUCCUUCAGUGUGUCAUUGCCGACAUCUCCUGGAUCUAUGGUCAAUCAGUACAGAUUUGACGAGGAGGAAGAUGUACCUGGCACUAAGGACAUCUUCAUCACAGUUGAUAAUCCUGAGAGUCAUGUGACAACCAUUGAGACAUUUAUUACAUACAGGGUUGUGACUAAGACUACACGUGGUGAGUUUGACUCAAGUGAGUAUGAAGUCCGCAGGCGCUACCAGGACUUCCUUUGGUUAAAAAGCAAACUGGAGGAGGCUCAUCCAACUCUUAUUGUUCAUCCCCUACCAGAGAAAUUUGUUUUGAAGGGAAUGGUGGAAAGGUUCACUAAUGACUUCAUCGAGACAAGGAAAAAGGCACUACACCGGUUUCUCAACAGAAUAGCUGACCACCCCAUUCUCUCCAGCAGUGAAGAUUUCAAGAUCUUUCUUACAGCACAAGCCUGGGAGCUAGCAUCUCAUAAGAAGCAAGGUCCAGGUUUCUUAAGCAGGAUGGGCGAGACAGUGCGAGCCGUGACUGCCACGGUCCGAGGGGUCAAAAAUCGGCCAGAGGAGUUCAGUGCCAUUCAGGACUAUGUGGAUAACUUCAGUGUGAAGCUGACCUCACUGGACAAAGUCACCCAGCGAAUCAUCAAAGAAAAAAGAGAGUACCUGGAUGAAAUGAAGGAGUAUGGGCCCAUCUACACCCUGUGGUCUGGCUCAGAGGAGGAGCUGGUGGAGCCUUUGAAGCUCAUGGCGAGUUGCUUGGACAGGUGUUACAAGGAGACUGACGAACAGAUCGAGCACCUCAGUAACAGCCUUCUCCCAACACUGCAUGAGUAUGUGCUCUGUGCAGACAACCUCAAGGCAGUACUGCGGAGACGAGACAACAUCCAAGCAGAGUUUGAGGCUAAGAACGAAGCUCUCGCCACUAAGAGGACAGAAAAGGAAGCAGAUUCUAAGGUGCUGAGUUUAGCAUGGGACAGCCUGGUGGGCAAAGACCCAGAGGAGGUCAAACAGCAGAAACAGCAGAAGCUUAAAGGAGAGAUUAAAGAGAUAAAGGAAGACAUUGAAAAGCUGGAAGACAGACUGGAAUGGGCCAAUAACACACUGAAAGGGGACUGGAGCCGCUGGCAGAAGAGCAUGAGGGCUGACCUGAGAGCAAUCUUUACCCAAACUGCAGAGAAGAAUGUGGAAUACUAUGAAAAGUGUCUGGCCGUGUGGGAGUCGUUCCUGCUGUCUCAGAGACCUGAGGCCGGGGAAGUGGGCAGAGAUGACUCUUAGUCCUUCAGAAGCUUUUAUCUAAACAGUGAAGACCAAAGACAAGUUUUUACCUUUACAAUCCAAGUGCUUGGAUUGUACAACAAAAUACCGCUGCCACAGAUGUCAGUAUAAACAUAACUGUGCCUUAUCACCAGCCAAACCAAGGACGAAGAUCUCUGUAGUAAACCCAUUAUUUCCUACAAGAGAAAAGUAUGUCUCUGCAGCUCACAGAUCUGAAUAGGAUAGGACAAAUAUUUUGCCAAAUAAAUUUUUUUGGCUUACCUUGUCGAAAAAAAGGAAGCGAUAAUAAAUGAACCUAACUAAAUUCAGAAGAAAUGGUUUAUGGCUUUAUUAUAUUUGGAUGCCGUUAGUCUCUGAAUUUAGUUCUAUAAUUAUUUGGUACAUUUUGCUUUUAUUCAAAUCAUUGUCUAAUCUUCUUUGAAGUCUUUCAUCACCUGCUCACAAGCCAAUGAGAAAUUCAAUUGUAUAGCCCAAAAUAUACAAAACAGGUGCCUUUUAAUGGCAUUACUUUGCACUAUGGAUUAUUUGAAGCUAUUUUAGAAUUACUAGAUUAUGUCGUACAAGUUCUUAUUCAUCUUUCUCAUGCUCAUGUUUUACAACUAUGGAACCAUCUGAAAUGCUUCACAUAAAUUAAAAUAUGUAAAUAUUUUAUAUACAAUUACUUUAUAUAUUAUGCAUCAGUUAUCAUUCACACAUAUUUGCAUAUUGUGUAAAUUGUGACAUAAGGCAUGUUUAAUAUGAGGUCCAUGGUGAUAAACUGUUGAAGGAAAUCAUUUAAUACAGCUAAACAUGGCUUUUUGUGUUCUUUAUCAUCUGAUUUUUCCUCCAAUUCUGAAUGAACAGGCGUGAGAGCUCGAUGAUCCUAAAGUAGGUCACCCGCUUGGCCUAAUCACAUUAAACAUUUAACUGGUCUCUUCAAAUAACACUGUGCCCUAAAAUUAUUGCCUUGAUCAGCAAUUUAAUUUGUGCACAUGUAUUUGAGAGGCUGUGCCUCUCUUUAUGGUUUGAAAAACAGGCAGGAUUAUACCAUGUGCUGUCUGAACACUCAUUUAAUUUACAUGGCACCAGGCACUGUUCUUUCUGACUGGAACAUUAAUGGUACAUGGAAUAUUAAUGGAACAUUAAUAAGCUGCCAUUGUAUACUUCCUAGAAACCUGUAUUUUUUUUUCAAUGAAUUGCUUUGUCACUUGACAAAAAUGUCCUGUCACUACAAUUCACGCACUUGAGUAAGAGAAUGUCUUCUACAGCCAUGGUUCCCAAACCAGACACUGCACAUUUUUUUUCUCCAAAGCCUGUGCUGUAUGAGGUGGAAUUGAGUAAAAAUGUGGACUGUCUCUGAGGACUGUGUUGAGAACCAGUGUUCCAUAGAGCCUGCAAUAUCUGGACAAAAUCACUUUACUCCUCUUCACUGUCCAUAAAAUUGUGUCAAAACCAGUGCAUGUCUUCUGAGACUCCACUACUGACUGAAUUGUAAUCAAGGCAGACAAGUUUACAUUCAUAUGCUAUAUCUAGCAUCAGACUUUGCAUGUUAUUACGUUUUGAUUUGCUGGGAGACUUUGGCUCAGACUGGGAAAUAGAUUCAUCAUUAUGAAACCAGAUUUUAUAGUCACAGUAUGAGAUGAAAUAUCAGAAGGGGUAAUAUAGAAGAAAAUCAGAUAAGGAUGGCAUAGGGUAAUACUAACAGGCUUCUAAAGAAUGUUUUAAUGGAAAACAAUGCAUGAAACAUUAUUUAUUGUUUGUGCUGAGAGCAAAAAAGUUAUAAUACAUGGAUUCCAACCUUUAUAUGAUAAUUAUAUAGCCAUGAGCUUCAAUGGAGUAAGUGCAAGCUCUGGGGCUGUCUAUGCAGUUUGAAUUUGUAGAUCAAGAUAAAUGUUUAUCUAGUAGAAAACCCUUCAAAAAAAUGACUAAUUGCAUUGAUCUAGAUUAUAGUUUCGAAACUUUAUGUUCCUACACAAGUAGACAUUUAAACUUACUUUUGAAUAAUUCUUCCUCACACUAUUGAGAGUGAAAGUUCAGAAAAGGACCUUUUCCCCCCUAAAAAUGACUGAACCAACAUAUUGGACUUAAUGCUAUAUAAUUACACUUAUGCUGACCUGUUUGCACUCUAUAAUUCUAAUGUUAGGGAGAUAAUUACAGUUCUGCGCAAC